GUACUGCACCGACGCAUCGACAGUUUCACGCCUAGCAACACAAAGCCGUCUUAUCCUUGGCAGCCCGCAACGCUUGCCGAAAGGCCUUUCGACUUUCUCCCGCCCCCGCGAGCGCCCUGCUGGCAGCGGGCUUUUCCUUGCUGUCCUGCGUUCCGCAUUUCGCUCGCAUCGUAAUCAGCAAAGCGCCAUCAUGAGCCGCACCAGCAGUGGGAGCGUUCCCGAGGCGGUGGACACCAUGAUGCACCACCCGCACGUCGACCACGGCCUCGACAAUAAGGCGCCAGCGACACCGGAGAAGGAGCCCGCGCGCGGCAACGGGCUCGGGCUCUUCAUGUGGGCCCAUCAGACGAUGUUCAUGACGCUGGCAGGCAUGGCCGCUGUCGCCGAUGCGGCCACGCGCCCUGUGCGCGGCUUUCUGAAGGCGGUGCUCAAGCGCGACUGAGGAUGCUGGUCCGUCUUUGUUGCUGUUUAAUUUGUGGCUGUGAUUGUUUUCUCCCAUUAGGCAGU